AUGGCAACCCAGCAAGCUUCGUCGCAGGUGAGGCAGCACAUGGCUAAAUUCGUCCGGAGCUUCCCGGGGGUCGUCCGGCUGCUCCAGAUCGUCCUGGGCGCCGGCCUGUGGGUCACCAUCGCCGCCAACAAGUACGAGGGCUCCAUCCACUUUGUGCUCUUCGUGGCGGUGCUCUUCUGGCUGCUGUGCCUGGGCCUCUUCUUCGUCACGUUGCUGGACAAGCAGGAUGCCGUGCCGGUGGUGGGCGGCCCCCGCUGGCUGAGCGCCAACCUGGCGCACGACGUGGCAGCCGCCGCGCUGUACCUGCCCGCGGUGGGAGUGAUGGCGUACAAGACGGAGCGUAAUUCAUACUGCACGCUGGAGCUGUACCAGCACCCCUGCCUCUACAAGGUUUACCUGACGGCCGCCGUCUUCGCCUGCCUCUGUUGCCUGGCCUUCCUUCUCUCGAUGGUCUACGGUGCUUGCCGCAAAAGUCGAGGCGAACAGACACUCAUAUGA